AUGCAUUACACCUGGCAGCAAAAUGUCAAACAAUGGCGUCCGCGGGUGAAUCGGAUGACAAACGUUACAUUGGCUCGGAUGUACGUGGUGAACCCAAUGGACCGGGACCGUUUCCACUUGAGAUUGCUACUUCUGAACCGAAGAGGCCCGCAGUCCUUUCAAGACAUAAGGACGGUGGACGGGGUCGUUCACGGAACAUACACGGCGGCUGCGAUUGCACUCGGACUAUUGGAAGACGACCUAGCGUGGCGGAAUUGUUUGGAUGAAUCCGCGUUGGUGGACACGCCGCGGCAACUGCGGUAUCUGUUCGUCACUAUACUGGUGUUCUGCCUGCCUGCAGACCCGCUGGCGUUGUACGAGAGGAACGAAGCGAACCUGAUGGAGGACUUCAACCGGCGUCUCCAAGACGUCGACCGCGCGAGGGCCGCGUGUCUGGCAGCCAUCGAGGAUCUACUUCGUGGUCACGGAAAGUCACCCGCGGUCGACUACGGUUUGCCCCUCGCCGACCCUCUACUACUGGAACCGCUGCAGGACGACAACGCGCUGUUCCGAGAAAUAGACGCGGCGGCACGGUGGGCCCAACAAGUGGAAAACUUGAACGCCGAACAGCGAACGGUGUACGACCGCGUGAUGGCGGCCGUCGAAGACCCAGUCGAGGUGACGCGAACUUUCUUCGUCGACGGACCCGGAGGUACGGGAAAAACUACGCUGUACGGAUGCCUGAUAUGGUCGCUUCGGCAGCUUCGGCGGGAGGUGUUGAGCGUCGCGUACACUGGGAUCGCAGCGUCGCUCAUGGACGGCGGCAUGACGGUGCACUCGACGUUCGGACUGCCGUUCGGCACGCUCACCGAAGACUCGACGUCCACCAUCACCAUGCAGUCCGCGCGAGCGCAGAGGAUACGCAACGCGGCUCUCAUCGUCUGGGACGAAGCCCCCAUGUCGCCGGGACUGCAACUGACGCUGGUGGACCGCCUGCUCAAGGACGUCAUGGUUUCGAACUUACCGUUCGGCGGUAAAACCAUGCUGUUCGCCGGCGACUUCAGGCAGAUUUUGCCCGUGAUCCGGAGAGGGACGAGAGCCGAGAUCGUCAUGUCGUCGAUCAAGAACAACCAUCUGUGGAACGUCAUGGAGCGCUUCGAUCUGGUCCAGAACAUGCGCGCGGGCAACGACGCGGACUUUGCGUCUUGGUUGCUUCAGCUCGGCAACGGCCAACUGCCCGCGGUCGACGGCGUUCCGGACACGGUGGAAAUCCCGCAGGAAAUGGUAUGCGACGUCGCCGAUUUAAUCGAUUUCGUGUAUCCGCAGCAAAUGUCGUUGGCCAACGUCGAAGAAUUUGCUCGGAGAGUCGUCGUGUGUCCCACCAACGAAGAGUGCAGAGGUGUCAACGCGGACGUGCUGGAGCGCUUCGACGGCAAUUCGGAGACCUACCAGGCCGUCGACACCGCGGAGGUGGACGCGGCCGACGAAGUUGCCAAUUUCCCCACAGAGUUCCUCAACACUUUGGUACCGGACGGCCUGCCGCCGUUCCAUCUCGAGUUGAAGGUAGGGUGCAUCGUCAUGUUGCUCAGAAAUCUCGAUCCUAGGAGACGACUGUGCAACGGUACGAGGUUGGUGGUCACCGAACUGCGGCGACACAAUUUCAAGGCGAGGAUUUUGGGCGGUGACCCACGGGACGACGACAUCGUCCUGCCCAAGAUACCGCUCAGGUCCAUCGGUGAGGACGACCUGCCCAUCCCACUGAAGCGCAUUCAAUUCCCGGUGAGGUUGUCGUUCGCCAUGACCAUCAACAAGUCGCAGGGUCAGACGUUCGACAGGGUAGGUUUGCUUCUGACGACGCCCCCGUUCACUCACGGGCAGCUGUACGUGGCGUUUUCGAGGGUGAGAAACGCACAGUCCGUGAAAGUCGGCAUGUACGCCGAUGACAGCGGGCGAUUCGUCACCAAGAACAUCGUGUACAGGGAAGUUCUGUAA